UUAAGCGGUAGUAUUUUGUAGUAGUUGUCAUAAUUGUUGUCCGCGAAGGCUGUGAUACGCCGCAUGUUAAUAUAUUAAGAAAAUUAUUUAGUUUAAAACGAAAAUAUGAGCUUCUUAAAUCCAACAACAACGGCAAGUACAGGCUUUUCAUUUGGAUUAAAUCCAACUGUUGCAGGGAAUGCGGCUACGCCGCCAAAAACUGGCUUUUCAUUUAGCAAUCUCGGCGGUGGAGAUGCUGCAGCUAUUAAACCACUAGCUUUUGGCGUUCCUAGCACAACGUCAUUAACAACUGCAACUACAGCGCCCACACUUUCAAUUGCUACUACAGUAACGCCAGCUACUCAACCAAUGCUAAGUUUACAAAAACCAGCAGAUGCAACACCUGCGCAAAAUACGGUUGUCAGUGCGGCUCCAGCUGUAACUACAACAGGCACUGGAUUUGCAAAUCUUUCCACAGCAACAAAAACUACUGAUUCUUCAUCUAUCACCGCGAAUUCCUUAACAUACAAUCAAUUAGAAGAGUAUAUAAAUAAAUGGACUUUAGAAUUAGAAGAUCAAGAAAAAGUUUUUAUGGAUCAGGCUACGCAAAUAAAUGCUUGGGAUAAAAUCCUUAUUAGUAACAAUCAAAAAAUUGUGGAUUUAAAUGAUGCUGUCCAGAAGGUCAAACAAGACCAAGCUACACUGGAACAAGAACUUGAAUUUAUUUCAACACAACAUAAGGAGCUAGAAGAAAGUAUUGUACCCCUCCAGAAGGAAUUUAUGAAAAUACCACAAGUUGACGUGGAACGCAGUCAAACAUAUUUAUUAGUCGAAAACUUAGACACGCAAUUAAAACAAAUGUCCGAAGACUUAAAGGAAAUUGUCGAUAAUUUAAAUGAAACAAAUAAGGGAAUGGACAACACAGAUCCAUUAACUCAAAUAGGAAAGAUCUUGAAUGCACAUAUGACAUCAUUACAAUGGAUUGAAACUUCUACUGAAAACUUGGGGAAAGAGUUGGAUGGGAUCAGUAAGAUGCAUGAAACUGUAAAGCGCGACUCAGAGCGGUCUUUUCGUUCAGCUUAUCAUAAUAAAUAAUCAUUGUACACAAUUUACAUAAACAAGUUAUUAAAACUAUUUUGUAUAAAUUUUAA